UUGCGCUAUGGUUGCGCUAUGGUUGCGCUAUGGUUGCGCUAUGGUUGCGCUAUGGUUGCGCUAUGGUUGCGCUAUGGUUGCGCUAUGGUUGCGCUAUGAUUUUUAAUAAUUUUUUUUGGUUUUUGCAGAUAUUUAUUUGUCUUGACAAUGUUACCAAUGAGGAGGCCGAAAAAUACGGGGCCGACAUUACUGCCAUACAAAACUUGGAUACCCGUUCAGGUCAUGAACCACAAAAAUUGCAUUCACCACAGAAAAAUAAGGCUUCCGCAAAAAAGAAAAUUGACACCACCCCACCUCCCUCCCCACCUCCCUCUCCUCCUCUCCCUCCCCCUGAUUCUCCUCAUAAUGAACCACCAGAAACUGAGUCUCUGCCGCCAACUCAGCCUUCUACUCGCCCACCUACAGAAAAAAUUUCCACAAGUCAACCU